UAAAAGAUGAUACCGGAAGUUUGUCGGCGGUCCUUUUCCGUAGAUCUACAAAUGAUGAGACGAGAGCGAUUUGGCGAUUUUGCAACGAUGUUUGGUUAAAAUGUGCAACGGCUGUGUGCAAAAGGAAUAUCCGGACCGGGGGAACACCUGUCUGGAGAACGGCUCUUACCUGAUGAACUACGUGGGCUGUGCCAGCUGCCAUCAGAGGGACUUCGUGCUGAUCAGCAACAGAGCCACGGAGGAUGAUGAUGGAGAGGAGAUAGUCACAUAUGACCAUGUUUGUAAAAAUUGUGACCACGUCAUCGCCAGGCAUGAAUACACCUUCUCUGUUGUUGAUGAAUAUCAGGAGUACACUAUGCUUUGCAUGCUGUGUGGAAAAGCAGAGGACUCCAUCAGUGUCCUGCCCGAUGACCCCAGACAGUCUGCGCCUCUCUUCUAAGACCUCAGACCUGCAGAUUUUAAUUCACUGAGCGUUGCCACCAUGGACGUGCUGCUGGCAUCAAGAUUCAAAUCAUUUUUUUAUCCUGCAUUUAAAAUUGUGGUCAUUAUAUUUAAAGGCUGUUUAUGAACUACUGUAUGUACUGUAUGCUGGUAUCAGUUGAAUAACUUUUUAUUACCCUCCACGACCACAACAAGUGUUUUAUGUAUGUCAAUUAACAGUGUACUAUAAAUAAACAUUUUUACUACAAAAAA